AUGGAUUCAUUGAAAACAUUGACUGAACUACGUCCUAAAGUUAAUCAUUGCCCUAGUACACGUUGUCUCGUAUGCAAACCGACUAUUCACCUAGUUGGAAUUUUUUCUAUAGCAUAUUAUCAACCUCAUGUUGUUCAAAAAGAUUGUAGAAGUUGUGAUUGUUCUUCCAAUCAACAUAUUCCGAUGUCUUACAUGCUUGACUAUGAAUGCUCGAAGAAUGGUUGGAAUUAUAAUGAAAGAGAAAUGAUCGAUAUGAUACAUGAACUGUGUAAUAUAAGUGCUGAAUUUGCACAUUUUCUUAUGCAUGUUGUAUGUUCUACGAAAGAUGAUCCAUUCUUAAUUGGUUUUGUGGAAAUGAUAAUCGAGGAAAAUGAUAUUUAUAAUAGUCAAACAUCGAAUCGUCUUAACUUACAGUUGGCUAAUGAUCUGAGAAACCUUAAAAAUAAAUAUGAACAGCGAUUUAAUGAAAUUCAUCAUCUUGAAAAUUAUAGAAAAUUAUCAAACAUCUAUCAUUUAAUCAAUAACAUUAACAAAUAUCCUAUGAUUCGGGAACAAUUGGCUGCAGUGAAAGAAGGACAAAAGAUAAUGAUGAAACAGCAUGAGUAUGAAAUACCAAGAAUAUCAUGUCUUUGA